GUCAUACUUACUGCGCAGACCCACCAGGAAAGACACUCACACUGCCCCCCUGGCGGCAGUGGCUUUGCUUUUUGCAUUGGCCUGCACAAGCAAUAAGCGCACAUAGUUGAUAUCGCAAAAUCAAAUCAACAAGAUGCAGGGUCGUACGCUUUCAAAGAUCUCGGACUUCUCGAUCGCGGAGCAGAAGUUCCUGUACGAGAAAGCCAAACUCCUGAAGCAAACCUUUAAAUCUAACGAAAACUACGGAACUGAACCACAACUACCAACCUCCUCUGUGGAGGAAACCAAGGAGCAGCUGCGGAUGAAAAAGAGACAAAAACUCUCCCGGGACGACCGGAAGUGCGCGUAUUUGAUCUUCAUGGAGAAUUCCACAAGAACCAAGGAAUCCUUCCGCAACGCCGCGGGGUUUCACGAAAAUUUGAAAAUUAACGAUUUUGACUGCUCGACGAGCUCGUUCGCAAAGGGGGAGACGAUAACGGACUGCAUGAAAAUGCUGGUGGGGUACAGCGAGGGACAGACGUUGUUCGUCAUCAGAUCGAAGCUGGAAGGGGUUUGUAAAUGGCUGGAGUACGAGAUUGGGGAACGGUACAAGAUAACUAUGUUCUGGUGGUCGAUUGAAUAAAGCUUUGAUGGCGUAGUUCUGAAACUGCAUGACAAAUCACGACUCAGUUCCAUGUAAUUACAGCAUGAUCAAAAGACAUUCUCACUAUCAGGUUCUGCACCCUCCAUGACAUACCAAGAGCGUCUUUCAUCAACGCUGGAGACGGCAAGCACGAACACCCAACGCAGGAGCUGCUAGACGAAUUCACUUUUCUAGAACGGGCGGAUUGGAACACGGAGAGCAUCCACGUGGCUCUGAUCGGCGACUUAUACCAUGGGAGAACAGCGCACUCGAAGGUACUAGUGUAUGCAAUGUCAAGAAGUAGCACGUGCGAUCGUGCAUGAUAAACUUUCUUCGGCUGUCUCGGGCAACGAACCAGCAUGACAAACUACACAGAACUUGCUCACCUACAGGCCGACGGACUCCGUGUCUUCACAAACGUCACUGUGGACCUGAUCGCCCCGCCGGAACUUGCCAUGCCCGAGCAAUACGAGAAGAAAAUGAAGGAAAACGGCUUCAGCGUGAACAAAUUCCAGUCCCUCGACGAGUACCUCACUUCCCCCAAAAUGGUCGCGAAGAUCUGGUACUUCACGAGACUCCAGCUCGAGCGGAUGUCGCAGCAGGUGCAGGAGAAGAGCAAGGAAUUGCGGAAAGCGGUGACGUUCAACCCGGAUCACCACUUGAAAUUCGACUGCUUCAAGCAACUGUUCGAAAAAAACGAGAUGAAAUUCUUCCACCCGUUGCCGCGAGACAGUAUGGAUGUGUCAGGAUCGAAAUCGACAAAGUUGAAACAAUUUCCCAUGCAUAAAUUGCAAGACAUGAAGUGCCUCUCUUGCAGGGAUGGCAAGUGAGGCCGAGAGACAGCCUGUUUGGGGUCUGCGAUAGAGCUGCUGAAGUAGCAUGACAAAAGACGCCCCCUGUCCCUAAACAGCAUGACAAACUGGAUUUAGACGGUGCCGAAAUUUGUCGUGCGCGGCUUGGAAAUUGGGCUUCAAACUAGUAUCGAUUUUAUGCAUUACAAGUUAUUUCAACUUUGACGAUUUCAAUCCUGACACUUCCAUAGACAGCCGGCACCCGGUGAUCCCGUUUUCCAUCGACAACACGAGUUUGAACGUAUCAAAUGUAAAAGUGUCUGGGUCUGGGAGAUUGCGAGAUUUGUCAUGCUAGUCUGGCAUGACUCUGAACUCUGUGUUGUAUGGCCGCGAAGAGCUCCUCCUCCUUGUCAUGCGAAAACGUAGUUUCUCAUGCGGACUAGCAACUCAGAACCAUGAAAAAAACUUGUCAUGCUUGACAGCGCAUUAUAGUGAGUUCACUAUUCCCUUUCUUGCAUCACAAGACUCCAGACCCAGACAUUUUUGCAAUCCAUAGAACGGGUGGGACGCGCAAUCGAGGAACGGGUAUUUUGUGCGGACGAUUUUGCUCGGGUUGCUGGGCGGAUGGUUUGACCAGGAGGAGGGGCUGAGGAAAGUGUUGAAAACGGGUUUUGACGGGGAGAAACUGCAGGUUUGCGGUCCCCCAGCAGCUUCUUCAACGUCUUCGAGCAAAAUCACGGCGACUACGGCAACCACCCCGGAAGAUUCGGAGAAAGGAGCAGCGUCGAACUUUGUUGAAAUUUUGUCGUGCAAGAACACCAACUGCAUCAGCUACCCGGAAAACGGGCAGAGGGAGGUGCUGCCGUGGAUUGUAGACGGGAUUUGUCAGUAUUGCGACCACGUAGCGGUGGGGUCGGAGGAAAUGAAAUUUGUGAGUCGGGCGCAAUAGACCUAGAGGACGAAGAACUAGGAUGGGGAAGUAACUGCUCUUGAUGUCUGGAGGUCUUUCUUCAAGAAGUACUGUACAAGUAAAUACAAAGUACUUUAACUACGUUUUUGUAAUUUUUCUUUUUUGUAGUUUGUCGCUUCGCCGGCGAAGGUGCGCUCUUGUUUUGAUCCGGUAAAGCAGUUAUGUAGACCGAAUCAGCGCCACCGCCAGUCGACAGCCCUAUUUGCCACAUAGCAAUUGAUGCGAAUGCGUCGGCGUGGUGCGUCACCUACUUACAAUACGAGAACGGUACGGACACAUUUGAAAUUUAACGACUUUUCGGCUCUCCUCAAUGCGGUUGAAGAACGUGAACGCGCUAUCGAAUUGCAAAUUAUUCCACUGCACCUCCGGCGGCAGUUCGACUGCGUAUUUGAGGCCGAUGGAUGAGUUACUUUUUUGUUUUUUCGCCAGGGAGUUUUUUUUGUUUUUACUCUCGUCGCCGGCGCAGGAGUCGCUGAAAUUUAUACUUCUACCAAUCCACAGGACAGUCCAAGAUGCAGAAAGUUUGACUGAGAAUAAAAACACAAACAAGAAUUGAGUUGUUGAAAAAGAAGAACCGCGACUUGUCUGUGCACCAGUGUUGACGACAUGGGUAUUCAUUAGAGCUAGUAGAAGCGCACUGGUAAUAAAACCGCAGCGCCGAGAC